AUGAACCAGCCAUCUCCCGCCGAGGACUACUACGACCUGGGUGACUAUCAUCGCAAUGUGAGUACAACAAGCGAAGAUGCUCAACUCUGGUUUAGUCGGGGCUUGAUCUGGGCCUAUGCCUUCAAUCACGAAGAAUCCGCCCGAUGCUUUGAAAAAGUCGUCCAAUUCGACCCGACAUGCGCCAUGGGAUACUGGGGCAUUGCCCUUGCCCUGGGACCAAACUAUAACAAGCCAUGGGAGCUCUUUGACGGAUAUGAUCUCUCCGCCACCACGACUCGUGCCCAUCGUGCGAUCCUGGAGGCGAAGAAAUACGCCCCCGCUGUUACGCCUCUGGAGAAUGCUCUUAUCGAUGCACUGGAGUAUCGAUACCCCCAAGAACAGCCCGUAGAAGACUGCACAGAAUGGGAUAAGAAAUACGCCGAAGCCAUGACAUCAGUGUAUAAUGAUUACCCAGAUGACCUCGACGUCACCGCGCUGUACUGCGAUGCGCUGAUGAACCUAACGCCGUGGGGUCUAUGGGACAUAAAAACCGGCGAUGUCGCACCGGGGGCAAAAACCAUCGAAGCAAAAAAAGCGCUAGAUCGAGUCUUAGAACGAGACGAAGCCCUCGAUCACCCCGGAAUCUUGCAUCUCUACAUCCAUCUGAUGGAAAUGUCCCCCACGCCGGAAAUCGCGCUGCCGGUAGCAGAGUACUUGCGCGGCCUGAUACCAGAUGCUGGUCAUCUAGAACACAUGCCGUCCCACAUCGAUGUCUUGUGCGGUGAGUACAAACGCGCCGUCACGGCUAAUACCUCUGCAAUCCGCGCAGACGAGAAGUUCCUCGCCAACCAGCCCCUGUGCCAUUUCUAUAACCUCUACCGUGCGCACGAUUAUCACUUCAGGAUGUAUGCUGCUAUGCUGGGCGGCCGGUCGAAGGUCGCACUUGAGUCUGGGGCCGAGCUCGCGCGGAUAAUUACCGAGCCACUUCUGCGCGUUGAGUCUCCGCCGAUGGCGGACUGGCUCGAGGGAUUUAUCGCCAUGCAAAUGCAUGGAUUCGUGCGAUUCGGUCGCUGGGAAGAGAUCAUUGCUGUGGAGUUACCGGAAGAUGCGGAGCUGUACUGCGUCACCACUGCUAUGAUGCAUUACGCAAAGGGUAUCGCGUUUGCUGCUACCAGCCGUGUUGUGGAAGCAGAGGAACAACGAGAACGGUUCCUCCGAGCAAUGAAGCUGGUCCCGGCUUCGCGGACGAUCUUCAAUAACCGCUGUAUCGAUAUCCUUGCUGUUGGUGAGGCGAUGCUCGAUGGUGAGAUUGCGUAUCGCCGUGGGGAAUACAACGCUGCGUUUUCAUAUCUCCGGGACGCUGUAAGGCGCGAUGAUUCGUUGCCGUAUGAUGAGCCGUGGGGCUGGAUGCAGCCUACUAGGCACGCCCUCGGGGCGUUGUUGCUCGAACAGGGUCAUGUUGAGGAGGCUGCGGCCGUAUAUGCUGCGGACCUUGGAGUCGACACGUCUCUGCCUCGUGCGUUCAGGCAUCCGGGUAAUGUAUGGGCUUCGCAUGGGUAUCAUGAGUGUUUGGUCAAGAUGGGUCGGAAAUAUGAGGCGCGUGCCAUGUUACCACAACUGAAGAUUAGUUUAGCCUGGGCGGAUGUGCCCAUUAAGUCGUCGUGUUUCUGUCGGCAGAGGACCGAGUGA